CCAUGAACGUGAACACUGAAAGCUGGAUGCAAGCAUCAAUUCUUUGCCGUGGGUAUGGAGCUACACUUGUCGUAAUAGACAGCGCUGAGAAGCAAGCUCAGGUUGAAUCGUACUUGGUUUCAAAACUUGGUGGAACGACGACGGAUACAGUGUGGAUUGGGAUAACAAACACAUUUGGUGAAUAUGUAGCAGGCAACGGAGGCUGGAUCAAUUAUGGGCAAGGGCCCCAAACCUACACAAACUGGGAAACUGGUUAUCCGUUGACGACGUCGAAGUACAACUGUGGUUAUAUGCUCAAUGGGAGCCCAAACACUAAGUGGAGGAACGCACAAUGCCUUGACAGCAAAAAAGCCGUUUGCGAGUAUCCAUCGGAACAGACUACACCAACUAAACGCUGACAUCCCUAAUUUUGUG